AUGCGGCAAGCGCAAGUGGGCAAGCGACUGCAGCACUCGGCGAUUUUGGUUGGAUCGCCCAAAGCGUUGUUGAUGCAAGUCACAAUGUCCUGGAGAUUGGGUAGGGAGCACUGCGCGCGAGCAAGCGUUGCAACCAUGGCGAGCACCAGGAGCAUGAGCAGCACAGACUUUGCAAAAGCCAUGGAUGGGAUUCGAGAGAAAGAUGGACGCAACAAAGAUGAAGAUAUAAGAGAAGAUGAUGGCUUGGCUUGCUGGUUUGGAUAUCCAGGAAGAAUUUCCAUGGAUGCUGUCGAGCUUGUGAGGUCGUGCUCGAGCCUGGCCGCGGCAAGGGACUUGCACGAUCGGAUUCGCACGUCUCGCAGCCGCACGGACACUUAUGUUCUCCGGAAGCUCGUCGAAUUGUACGGGAAGCUCGGGGCGCUGAAAGAUGCCGAGGAUGUCUUUGACACCAUCCAGCCCAAGGAUUCUUUCUCGUGUAACUACAUGAUCUCGGCAUAUGCCCGAAACGGGAAUCUUUACAAGGCGAGGAUGCUGUUUGAGGAGAUGCCGAAGAGGACGCUAGUGUCGUGGAGUGUGGUAUUAACGGCAUAUUCGCGGGCAGGGAAACUUGAAGAUGCUAAGAUUUUGUUCGAAACGAUGCCACAUUGGGAUGUUAUCUGCUGGACAGCUUUGCUGGAGGGAUAUGCCCGAACAGGGCAUCUGGAGGACGCCGAGAGGAUUUUCGACGAGAUGCCGGAGAGAGAUUCCGUGUGCUGGACGUCCAUGCUUGGGGCAUAUGCCGAGAAGGGGCAUUUACAAAAGUCUAAGAGAAUGUUUGACAGCAUGCCCUCUAGAGAUCUCGUUGCAUGGACUUGUAUGCUCUCUGUAUAUGCUCAAGCGGGAAAAGCUGACACGGCUGGUGAAAUCUUUGAGAGGAUGCCCGAGUGGAACCUUGUUUCGUGGACGUUGAUGCUUUGGGCAUAUGCUCGGUCUGGGAAUCUCCAAAAGGCAAUGCAAACGUUUGACAACAUGCCCGAAGCGAACUUGGUCUCUUGGAAUUGCAUUAUCAACGCGUGUGCCGAAAGCAAGGAUGUUAACAGCGCGAAGGCUCUUUUUGAUAGCAUGCCCGUGUGGGAUCUCGUCACGCUCACCUCCAUGCUAACUGCAUAUGCUCAUAGUGGGCAUUAUAAAGAUGCCAUGAAUCUUUUUCAAAACAUGCCAGAGAAAGAUCUCAUAUCCUGGAACACAGCCUUAGCAGCCUGCGUUGAGAACAAUCAACUCGAAGAGGCGAAGUUCCUGUUUGACACAAUGCCACAGUUGGACAUAACUUCCUGGACUGUGGUGCUUUCGGCAUAUUCCUUAGCUGGGCAUCUGCAAAAUGCCAAGUUAAUGUUCGAUGCCAUGCCAGUCCAGGACCUUGUCUCGUGGAACUGUCUCCUGAGCGGAUAUGCCGAGGGUGGUCACGUGUCACAUGCGGAGAGGCUGUUCAGCCGGAUCCCAUGCCGCGACCUGGUAACGUGGACUGCCAUGCUUGGUGCUUAUUGUAGGAAUUGGCGUCCCAAGAAAGUUUUGUAUGUUUUUUCGCUGAUGCAAAUGUUUGAUUUUCCAGAUCAGGUGUGUUUUGCAUCAGUGUUGAGCUCUUGCAGCCAUUUAGGUAGAGUUUAUGAUGGAAGAUCAUAUUUUGUCUCCAUGGGUUUUGAUUUCGGAGUGAAGGCGACAAAGCAGCAUUAUUGUUGCAUGGUUGACUUGCUCUGUAGGACGGGAUACUUGGAAGAUGCUAAGAAUCUGCUUGUGAACAUGCCAUUUACAGCCAGUGUUGUUGACUGGACAAGCUUGCUUGGGGCUUCUAAGACGGCAAGAAAUUUGGAGCACGGAGCUAGGGCGGCUAAACAAGCUGUUGAGUGUGAUCCUCAAGAGAGUGUGCCUUAUGUGUUGCUUGGAAACAUAAUUGAAAGUCCUAGUCUUUGA